GAAGAAAAGCUAGCGUGCUAGCUAGCUAGCUUAGCUAAAGUGCUUCAGUGCGAUUUUUUUUUUUAGCUUUUUGAGGCAUUCGUCGAGGCUACAAGAACAGCGACGCCUGAGCGGAUAGUCAACAUGGGGCCGAGGAAGAGAGGAGCAAGGAAGAGGAAAACUGAAGAAGCUUUGGCAGAAGAGAAGGAAAGAGAGGACACAGAGGAGAAGGAGGCUGAUGAGAGAGGAGACAGGAGGAGGAAGGACCGUGGAAAAAAUAAGAAAUACAUUGGAGCUCAUGUUGGGAUUCAAGGUGGAAUAUGGAAAGCAGUGGGGUCCUGCACAGAGAUGGGUGGCAGUAGUUUCGCCCUGUUUCUGGGCUCCCAGCGAUCAUGGAAGAGGCCUGCACUGGACCUCACAGCUGCUGCCAAGUUUCGGGAGCAACUGUCCCUGCAGGGGUUUGACCCAGCUCACGUCCUGCCUCAUGGGUCCUACCUGAUGAACUGUGGGUCUCCUAAAGAAAAGGUGUUUGAGAAGAGCCAGGCCCUGCUGGUGGAUGAGCUCAGCCGCUGCAGCGUCCUUGGCCUCAACCUGUACAACUUCCACCCCGGCUCCUCGCUGGGCUCCAUCACCACUGAGCAGUGUGUGGAGAAGAUAGCAGGCGCCAUUAACCACGCUCACCAGCAAACACCUGCUGUGGUUACAGUGUUGGAGAACAUGAGCGGACAGGGCAGCACGGUGGGUGGUCAGUUCUCUGAGCUGAAGAGCAUCAUAGACAAAGUGAGAGACCAGACCAGAGUUGGAGUGUGUCUGGAUACCUGCCAUGCGUUCGCAGCAGGAUAUAACCUGGCUGCAGAGGGAGGAGUGAAGGCCAUGCUCAAUGAGUUUGACGAGGAAGUGGGGCUCCACUAUCUCAAAGCCAUUCAUCUCAAUGACUCCAAAGGUAAACUGGGCUGCAACCUCGAUCGCCACGAAGACAUCGGUAAAGGUCACAUUGGAAUCUCUGCUUUCAGAGACAUUGUUAACGAGCCCAGGCUAGACAACAUCCCCCUGAUCCUGGAGACACCUGGGCGGCCAGGAUUCGAGUAUGCUGAGCAGAUUGAACUCCUCUAUUCCCUCUGUGAGACAGAAUAGAAAAUGCACUCACUGACGAGUUAGCACCGCUAAAGCGAACCCUGCAAAGACACAUCUCAGGUGUGUUAAAGAGGACUGAAGUUUUUCUCCAGGACCAAAGAGGACGAGUGGUGGAGGCCGAUUAUCCGUAAACAUGCUCUGAAUUUUUUCAGUUGUUAAUCACAAUCUGACAAGUUUCAACAAGACAUGUGCUUCGUCUCUGACUGAACUCUAGUUGAAUAAAUGUGUUGUUGACAGAU